AUGAUGGUCACGGUGGUUUAUGAUAACUCUGAGGCGACAGAGCUCUGUGCAGCUCGACACCUCUACCUCAAGCCCAUAGCCAAACUGAUGAUCAACGUACUGCUCCCAGAGACUACAGAACCUGUGCGACCCUUCUCUAACUGGGAGGUUCUGGACCAACUGAAAAGCCUGAUUUGUCCUGAUCAGUUUACCACAGUCCGCCUCUCCAAAAGUACAAAAGACUUCAUCCGAUUUGAGGGUGAGGCUGAGACUCGAAGUUUGGUUCAGAUCCUGAAGGCCAAGUUACAUGGGAAGAUCAUCAAGAUAAAUGGUUUGAAAACAGACUUAAAAGUUGUAGCUACAGAUGCCCAGGGAGAGUGGGAACCUUUCCCCAAGGAAAAGGAGGCCUCCUCAAGUGAUGGAGGAGACGAGCAGGACCUCGAUAAGAGCCCAGAUUCUAUCUAUUUUGAAGGCCUGCCUUGCAAGUGGUUUGCACCCAAAGGUUCCAGUGGGGAGAAGCCAUGUGAAGAGAUCCUUCGAGUGGUCUUUGAAAGUUUUGGGAAGAUCAAGAAUGUAGAUAUCCCCAUGCUCGACCCCUACAGAGAAGUGAUGACUGGUGGGAGCUUUGGGGGUUUCAGCUUUGGCUUGCAGACCUUCGAGGCCUUUAUACAGUACCAAGAGUCAACUGACUUUGUCAAAGCCAUGGAGUCCCUUCGAGGGAUGAAGCUUAUGCUUAAGGGUGACGAUGGGAAAGCUCUGGCAUGUAACAUGAAGGUUAUGCUUGAUACAACUAAACACUUCAGUGAAAGAGCUAUCAAGAGGAGGAAUCAAGAAAGACUAAAAUUACAAGAACUUGAGGAAGAAAGGAAGAAAGAAAAGAAGAGAGAAGAGGAAGAGACUGAGAGGAAAAGAAAAGAGGAGGAGAGGAAAGCCCAGGAAAAAAGGAAGAAGGCCAGAGUCAGGAGGCGAGCCCUGAAGGAAAGGGACAGACACCGGCAAAGGAGACAGACGGAUAAAGCCAAGGCUGAGACAGCUCAGGAGCCCAACUCCGCAGUGGAAUGGGAGGAGAGGAAGUACCUGCUGACUCAAAGGCGUGUGGAGGCUCUUCGGUUGCUUCGGGUACUCCUGAGGAAAAUUGAAGUUAGGCUCUUCACCAAUCAUUCUUCUAUUUUGGGAUCCUCACAAACUAGCCCACGGGACACUGCAGCUAAAAGUGUUCUGGGGAACAUGCUGCAAAUGCCAAAGAAAGACUUAAACAUUAUGCAUCUUCAAAAUUAUGAAGAAAUGUCAGACGACAAACAAAUACAAAACCUGAAGGAGCUAACUCAGGCUUACUUACAUACAUAUUCUCAUUCCCUUGAGGAAAACAGAAUAAAUUCUUCAGCUAGAGAUAAGAGAAUUGGAAAAUUAUUAAGUGAUGAAUCUGAGGACGAUGUGUUCCCUGACAAGUGUUCCUUGAAGAUUACAAUAAUCGGAGGCCAGCUUCCUGAGAAAGGAGACGACGAUAGUUCUGGUCAACCCUAUUCUUCCAUAUUAUCUGAGCAAGACCAUGGCAGGAAAAAGAAGAUAUAUGAAACAGAGGAAUUUACUGACUAUCUAUUAAACUACUAUCAAUCUCCAACUUAUACCCGUAUGUGCCUACAACCAAGGCACAAGAAUUAUCUGUUGGAAAAGACCCCUGCCUCUCAGGUCGGAGUUACCGAAUCCACAAUGGAAAACCAAGUUUCUGCACCCAACAAGUCAGCAGACCUAGAUUUGGAGUUGACAGAUUUCUUCGAGGAAAUUAGUAGUGAUUCUGCAUGCUUCAAUGAAGCCCUGACCAUAAACAAAGAGGAGAAAUCAGAUCUCAGGGGCAGUCAAUGA